GUAUUUUUCAUGAUUGAUUGAAUUUGGAGUUGUUAGAAGUUAAAUUUGGUCUUUAAGUGGUGUUUUGUGUAAUUUGGGUGGUGGGCUGAGAUCAAUUGCCUUUUGUGCGAAUGGCCAAAGACGGCCUACGGAUUGGUGGACUUUCUUCUGGGUUGGCUGUGGUAUUGAACGGUAAGCAUAAAAAAGAGAAUUCUCAAAAAACCCGGCUUGUUUCGUAUUGUGAUGAUUUUGGUGAUCAGUCCGUGGAGCGAACCCUUGAACAUAUAUUUGAUCUUCCAUACAAAACAAUUAAUCUACUGACUUGCCCAAUUGAUCCUAGAGUAGUUCGUUCUAUUAUAAAGAAUGACUUAUUGAAGUAUCAUGCAAAUAAGAAGACAGUUGAAAAAAACAGGGAUGGGGUUUCUGCUGUUGGUGAUGGUUGUGGACCCCAAGUUGUUGGAAUUGAAGAAUCGAGUAUCUGUGGUGAUAUUCAAAUUGUUAAAUCGCCUUUGCUUCUGGAGAGUCAUGCCAUAUUCAGUAGUGCAAGGGCCAAUGCUUGUGUAUGGAAAGGGAAAUGGAUGUAUGAAGCAAUUCUAGAAACUUAUGGUAUACAGCAGCUUGGAUGGGCUACUCUUUCUUGCCCUUUCACUGAUCAUCAGGGUGUAGGGGAUGCUGAAGAUUCUUAUGCAUACGAUGGGAAAAGGGUCAGUAAAUGGAACAAGCAUGCCGAAAGUUAUGGUCAGUCGUGGGUUGUUGGCGAUGUAAUUGGAUGUUGCAUAGAUUUGGAGCGUGAUGAGAUCUCAUUUUUUCGGAAUGGCGCCUCACUUGGGGUGGCUUUCAAUGGAAUCCGUAAAAUGGUUCCUGGACUGGGGUAUUAUCCUGCAAUUUCUCUUUCUCAGGGUGAACGGUGUGAGUUGAAUUUUGGGGGGCGCCCUUUUAGGUAUCCAAUUGAAGGAUUCCUUCCCAUUCAGGCUCCUCCUUCUAUAAGUUCCGUGGCUUCUCAUUUGCUUCAUUACUAUUCGAGGCUGUUGGAAAUGCAACGUGUGGAGAGGGCGGAUUUCAAUUCUGUAGAGAAAUUAAGAAGAUUGAAGAGGUUUGUUCCAUAUGAAGAACUUUUUCAUCCUGUCUCGCAUGGGAUAUGUGAAGAGUUAUUUUUUACAAUUGAUGCAGAAGGUGGGAGUGCAGAAUAUAUAGGGUGGGGGCCAUUGUUGUCAUUCAUGAUGGAAAUUUUCAGAAUUCAUCCACCACAUGACUACACAAGUUUGGAUAGAAUUCUUGAUGUCUUACUAGAAUUUCAAGGUUCAAGAUUGAUAUUGGAGCACAUCAUAAAUGCACUUUCAACUGGAUGUAGAACUGCGCAGCUGGUUCUAACAGAGUGCCCUUAUUCAGGAUCAUAUCCAUAUCUUGCAUUGGCAUGCCAAAUCUUAAGACGGGAAGAAUUGAUGACACUUUGGUGGAAGUCUUCAGAUUUCGAGUUCCUGUUUGAAGGGUUUCUAUCACGGAAGAGUCCUAACAAGCAAGAUCUUCAGUGUUUAAUGCCUUAUGUUUGGUGGCCUGGUUCAUGUGAGGAUGUGUCCUGUGAAAGUAGCAUGAUGCUGACGACAACAGCCUUAUCUGAAGCAGUCUGCAAGAUUGAGGAGAAGCAUAGGGACAUCUCUCGCUUAGUCAUGCAGUUCAUACCACCUAUCAUGCCUCCGCAGUUGCCUGGUUCAGUCUUUAGAACAUUUUUACAGAACCUUCUCCUGAAAAACAGGGGAGCAGAUCGUAACUUGCCGCUUCCUGGAGUGUCGAGCAACUCUGUUCUUGUUUCUUUGUUUACCGUUAUACUUCAUUUUUUAUCAGAAGGGUUUCCUAUGGGGGAUAUCUGUGGCUGGAUGGAGGGCAGUGGAUCUAAAUCUGGACCUAAUACUGGUUUUCUUCACAGGGGUGGCCAACAACGUUUUCCCAUUGGCUUGUUUCUCAAAAAUGAUCCUCAUCGAGAUGACAUCUCUAGGCUUGGAGGAUCAUAUAGUCAUCUAGCAAAAUCUCAUCCAGUAAAUGAUGACCAGGAGGAGGAAGUAAUUCGGUGGGAGGAGGGGUGUAUGGAUGAUGAAGAAAGUAGAGUAACGCAUUUAAGUAGACAGAAGCCAUGUUGUUGUUCUAGUUACGACAUUGAUUUUACAAGAAUCUCAAAGGAUCCCAUUAGAUACACGGCUAAAGGUUCUCGGGGCCAUUGCAGCUCUAUUCCUGAGAGAUCUGCUCAUGUCGCUACAGAAUGCAGCACUGGAAGUUUAAAUGAUGAUGAGAUAGUUGACAAACCCAGUACGAGUGACCAGUCUGAAUCUGAGUUUAAUUAUGUGCCUGUUCAGCAGAUGAGGAUUGUUCCAAGGGAAAGCAAUUUGUCUUCCGCAACACUAAAAGAAGAGGAACUUCUAGAUGCUAUGCUUUUGUUGUAUCAUUUGGGCCUUGCACCUAACUUCAAGCAGGCAUCAUCUUACUUGUCUCAUCAGUCUCAGGCAAUCUCUCUCUUGGAAGAAACUGACAGACAAAUAAGAGAGAGAGCUUCUGGGGAGCAAUUAAAACGCUUGAAGGAAGCCCGUAGUGAUAGUCGAGAAGAAGUUAUGGAUUGUGUCAGACAUUGUACCUGGUACCGUAUCUGUUUGUUUUCUCGAUGGAAGCAAAGGGGAAUGUAUGCAGCAUGCAUGUGGAUUGUCCAAUUGCUUUUGGUUCUUAGCAGAGUGGAUUCUGUUUUCAUCUAUGUUCCUGAAUUUUAUCUGGAAACUCUGGU